GUGCGCACUGUAAUCACGUGACAUCGGGACGUCGGCUCUGCGACAGUCACGUGAUAUUGACGUUGUCAAUUUGCGACUAAGUUCCAGAGCGCUGCCUUCCUUGUUCUGAUUCGUCAAUUCGGUGGCGCGGAUUUCUGAACAGUGCCGGUAGUCAACCAAGAUGUGCUCCUUGGACCUGUUCCCUCCUCCUCUUCCCCGUGGCGAUGUUGCGCUGUUUGAAUACAACAACACGAUGAUCCCCUGGCUGGUCAAUGAAAGCCCACCACCCUCAUUUCAUACCGCGAUGGUAAAUGUUCCUGAACUGAUGAUUCCUCUAGAUGCCCUGAAGGCUCCGGGGCGGAUGGAGCUGAGCAGUAAAACAGCCUUUAUACAUCACAAGGAGACGGUCUGGAAACGCUGUUUAAACACUUGGCACCAAAUGGGACUUGCUGGACUAUUGGAAGAGCUCUCCAACUCUGAGGAAGAGGUGCCCCCUUUACUCUGUCGUGUUUCACGCUGUUUUCUUGCCGCAUGUCGAUGGGUCUCUUCUUUCCAUGGAUCACUUUUUCCACAUCUUUUAAUGAAGAGCGAGGAUCUCACAGCUGAGUUUUCUCAGGCUUGUGACUGGACCGGCUGUUCACUCCGAGCCUUCGCUUGGCAUCCUCACACCACCAAAUUUGCCUUAGCACUUGUAGAUGACUCUAUUCGGAUAUACACCACAGGAAGCCCAACAAUACCCACAUUGAAACACCGUUUGCAGAAGGAUGUGGCAAGCAUGGCAUGGAAACCAUUGUGUGCAUCUAUUUUAGCAGUGGCAUGUCAGAGCUGUGUCCUGGUGUGGCACAUCGACCCCACCUCUUUGUCCACAAGGCCCUCAUCAGGUUGUGCUCAGAUCCUUUCACAUCCAGGUCACAGUCCAGUCACUAGUGUAGCUUGGUCUCCCAAAGGUGGUGUGUUACUGUCUGCAUCCCCUGUCGACACUGCAAUGUUGGUGUGGGACGUCUCUACAGAGAGCUGUGUACCUCUACAGAGAGGAGGAGGUGGUGGUGUCACUUUCCUGUCCUGGUCUCCAGAUGGUAGCAAGGUGCUGUCUACCACCCCAUCUGCCGUGUUCAGGGUAUGGGAAACACACAUGUGGACUUGUGAGCGCUGGCCAACACUUAGCGGCCGCUGUCAGACUGGAUGUUGGAGUCCAGAUGGACAUCGUCUACUUUUUGCUGUCAAAGGAGAAUCUGUGAUAUACUGCUUAUCGUUCUCUGUCUUAGAUGGGGAGGCCGCUUGUGUUGGGGGUAGCGAACAUGCAACACCAAUCGCUGAUGUGUCUGAAAUAGUUUUUGAGAGAGAAGAGGGGGAAGUCAGAGUUGGAGGAGAAAUACAAUCUAUGGUGUGGGACCCGAGCGGAGAGAGGCUAGCUGUGCUGCUGAGAGAGAACCCAAAUGAUAAGACAAGUGAAGCUGUAAUCGCCAUAUACCGCACUAAGAACAGCCCUAAGUUUGAGCUUCUUCCUUGUGGCUUCAUUCCAAGCAAAGUGGGUGAAGAUCCUCAACUCAUGCAGUUCCAUCCGUGUUUCCAGAAGGGGGCAUUACUUUCUGUGCUAUGGAGUUCUGGCCGCCUCUCCCAUAUUCCUUUCUACUUUGUGAAUGCACAGUUUCCACGCUUCACACCAGAGAAUGGCAACAUUGUAACUGGAGACACCAGCAGCACUACUGCCAUACGACCACUCUUCACUGAGACUUAAUGUAUUGUUGAUAUAAACUACAUCUUAUUUAUAUUGGGACCAUUCAUCACUACAACUUUCAGGUUCUCAUAAUAAAUGUUUUGGAAUUUAUGUGAUGUAUUAUGACUAAAUGACAAACAAUCUGAUAAAAGAAAUCCGAGUGUCCCUCAACCUGUGGCCCUCCAGUUGUUGAAAAACGACAAGCCUUUAUCUGUGUGAAUACGAUGAGCAUUGUAGUUUUGGUUUACGUUCUUACGUGUUCAUGCUGUGGAAUUGCACCUCGGUAGCAGUCCAUGUGAUACGAUUGCAUCUUGAAUAUGUGGCUGUCGCUACAAAGAAGAAUAAUCUGCUUUAUCCUCAUCCUUACUCUGACUUCUUCAGGAAGGAACUAUAUGAACAAAUCAUUUCUCUCUAUAUAAUUUUUAACAUGGAAAUAAAGUAAAAGGAUGCCUGUUGAUUAAAGUGU